AUGGUGAAACAUCUUCCAGACGAUUGUGCCAAGACCAACCACCGGGCCCGAUGUCUCGUCCGGAUCAUAUUCACCUCACGGCCAAUCGCACUCGAGCCCUCAAAUCAUGGACGCCCAGAUCUUGACCAUUCAGCGCCUUUCACCCUCCAUCCAAGGCUUUACCUCUGUGGCGUGACCAACCCUGGGUCGGGUUUCAAAGCCGGCCAAUGGGUGGAUUUUAUGGUACCGGGUUGUGAGCAAGUGGGUGGAUUUUCCAUGACUUUCCCGGAGAAACUCGUCCGUGAAUCUCAUCUGGAUUUGGCCGUCAAAGCUUCGACGCGGGAACCUGCCCGAUGGUUGAACGAGCGGGCCCAAAUCGGAGAUUCGGUCCAAAUGCGAGUCGGGGGAGAUUUUUACUAUCCUCAUCCCACGAGUGCCAGGACUCUUUCCCGCCCUCACCGCCUUUUAUUGAUUGGUGGAGGAGUGGGCAUUAACCCACUCAUGUCUAUACUCAACCAUAUUCAAGACCAGGCUAGUAGGCCCUCAUCUCGUCCUGAAAAGGUCCACUUGUUGUAUUCUGCUCGACUUCCCGAGGAGUUGAUAUUCCGAGAAGAAAUGGCUGCGAUCACCUCGCAGCCAUUCGGCAUUCAUGUCGAGUUCUUUGUGACGAAUCCUAGUCUGGCGGAGGUCGAGUCUGAUUGUCAUUAUCGCCGAAUUUCAAGGGAUGAUGUGGGUCAAAUCACCGGAGACAAGCCGGAAAGUUGUCUGGCUUAUAUCUGCGGUCCAACAUCCAUGAUAAAAGACAUGGAAGUAGUUCUACUUUCCUUGGGGGUUCCCAAGAGCCAGAUUUUUUUCGAGUCGUGGUGGUGAGCCACUUAAUGUAGAUAAAAGCACAACUCACCAUCCGGUCAAAAACUCAAUGAAGAUAGAAGCACAAUUCAUCA